GGGGAGGGGCCGGGAGCAGGAACGUGCCGGGUACUGCCCAGUCUUUGUCUGCUGCCUCCGGAUGUACAGCGAUGGGGGAAUGGACCAUCUUGGAGAGGCUGCUGGAAGCCGCGGUGCAGCAGCACUCCACUAUGAUCGGGAGGAUCCUGUUGACUGUGGUGGUGAUCUUUCGGAUCCUCAUUGUGGCCAUUGUGGGGGAGACGGUGUACGAUGAUGAGCAGACCAUGUUUGUGUGCAACACCCUGCAGCCCGGCUGUAACCAGGCCUGCUAUGACCGCGCCUUCCCUAUCUCCCACAUCCGUUACUGGGUCUUCCAGAUCAUAAUGGUGUGCACCCCCAGUCUCUGCUUCAUCACCUAUUCUGUGCACCAGUCUGCCAAGCAGCGAGAACGCCGAUACUCUACUGUCUUCCUAGCUCUGGACAGAGAUCCCCCUGAGUCCAUGGGGGGUCCUGGAGGAACUGGGGGUGGGGGCAGUGGUGGGGGCAAACAAGAUAAGAAGUUGCAAAAUGCCAUUGUCAACGGAGUGCUGCAGAACACAGAGAACACCAGCAAGGAGGCAGAGCCAGAUUGCUUAGAGGUUAAGGAGCUGACGCCACACCCAUCAGGACUGCGCACUGCGGCCAGGUCCAAACUCCGAAGGCAGGAAGGCAUCUCUCGUUUCUACAUCAUCCAAGUGGUGUUCCGAAACGCCCUGGAAAUUGGCUUUCUGGUGGGCCAGUACUUUCUCUAUGGCUUCAGUGUCCCGGGGUUGUACGAGUGUAACCGCUACCCCUGCAUCAAAGAAGUGGAAUGUUAUGUGUCCCGGCCCACUGAGAAAACUGUCUUUCUAGUGUUUAUGUUUGCUGUAAGCGGCAUUUGUGUGGUGCUCAACCUGGCUGAACUCAACCACCUGGGAUGGCGCAAAAUCAAGCUGGCUGUUCGAGGGGCCCAGGCCAAGAGGAAGUCAGUCUAUGAGAUCCGUAACAAGGACCUACCCCGGGUCAGUGUUCCUAAUUUUGGCAGGACUCAGUCCAGUGACUCUGCCUAUGUGUGAAAGGGCAGGCUUUGGAAAGGCCUGCAGGGUGACA